AUGGAAGAAAGUGAUGAAAGCAAAGAUGAUGAUUUCUCGGCAGAAAUGGAUGUGGUUGACGAUGAAACGGAAGAUGAAGCUGAUGCCGACGAUUUGGGAGAUACCGAAGAGGACGUGGCAACAGCGGACGAGACGGAGGACGGGGACCAAACAGUAGUAGUGGCAGCCAGUAAUCCGGAGGACAAAGAACGAAGAGGAGGCCAUCUUGACACGAACGAAGGAGAAGACUUCGGAAGAGGAAAGAGAGAAAGAAAACCCGCUGAAAAGUAUUCAGCGUUGCAAACAACAGGGAUCAAGAAGAUCUCUGGAAAGAUAAAGGGAAAGGUGAGCAGCUUUCAGAGGAGAAAAAGAGCCGCUCACAACAAGAAAAGAAAUAAGACUAGCAAAAGUUUGAUCACGAAAGGAUCGGCAAAUAAAAAGAAGGCCAAAAGGAAAAAGAUUUCCUUGGCGUUUUUGAACAAGAGGUUCGAAGAUUUGGAAAAGGAAGAAAAGGUGGAUUUCUUCACUUGUGCAUGGGAGGAACACCAGCUCACCGGAACGACUCACCUUUUGGAGCGAUCUACCACGGGACUUGCGUUUGCCCAAAUGUCUGCCAAGCAGGGCAUCAAGAAGUACGACAAAGAAGCAGAACUGAAGCUAAUUGCCGAGUUCGCGCAGCUACUAGAGUUCCAAGUUUUCCACGGAGUUAAAGCGGACGGACCCGACGGCAUCUCUUUUGAAGAAAAGAGAGGAGCCGGAGACAUGAUUAAUCUUAUUGAGGAAAAGAUCAAUAGAGGACAUACCGAUGAGAAUCCCAUGCUAAGAGCUAGGAGCGUUUUCAACGGUCGAGUACAGCGGGGAAUCUACGCCAAGGAUGAGACAGCUUCUCCUACUGUGGAUCAAGAUUCACUUUUCAUCACCUGCAUUGUUGACGCGAUCGAGGGAAGGUUCAAGGCCACCAGCGACCCUAAGGGAAUUUGUCACCGUCGUGAAGGGCAGGAAAGUGCUGUACGUACAAUUGGACAGAGCAUUAUAUGGCUUAAUCCGUACGAUCUGUGCGUCGCCAACUGUGACAUUGAUGGAAAGCAAUGCACGAUUUGCUGGUAUGUGGACGACAACAAGAUCAGCCAUAUGAAAUUGGAAGUCGUAAAGGAUAUCAUCAGGAAGAUUGAAGCCAAGUUCGGCAAGAUGACGAACAAGUUCGGGGAAGAGCACGAGUUUUUGGGAAUGAAGAUAACAUACAAAGACGGGAAGGUGGAGAUCAGCAUGAAGAAACACAUUCAGAAGGCGAUCGAUAUGUUUAUGGAUGAUAUCAAUAGAGAGGCAACUUCGCCUGCCAAGACCUAUCUUUUUGAUGUGAGAGAAGCUGCAAAAGAUUUAAGCAAGGAAAGGGCUGACAAUUUUCACAGCGUAACAGCGUCACUCUUGUACGUCUCAAGACGAUGCCGUCUAGACAUUCAAACCUAG